AUGGCUUCUACCACAAGUUUCCUCUUCGUCACUGUCACUCUCCUCCUCCUCAUCCUCAACGUCUUCGGCAGGUCACUCCCAGUCCCAGCGGAGAUGGCAGCAGGUUCCACCAGCAUUGCGGCCAGGCUUACCGGAGGUGGUCUCAUGCAGUGUUGGGAUGCACUGUACGAGCUGAAAUCAUGCACUAACGAGAUCGUUCUCUUCUUCCUCAACGGGGAGACCAAACUCGGCCCUGGUUGCUGCAACGCCGUUGACGUCAUUACCAACGACUGUUGGCCUGCGAUGCUUACUUCUCUUGGCUUUACAUCUGAGGAAACCAACGUCCUCCGUGGGUUCUGUCAAUCUCCAACUCCCGGCGCCGCUCCUUCCCCUCUCAAACUUUGAUUAAUGUUUAUGUUCCUCGCUGAUGUAUGCAUAAUCAUAUUAUAAUUAUAAACAAAAUACUUAUAAA